AUGUACCGAAAAAUUGUAUUCUUAUUGUUUGCUGUUCUUAUGAUUAGCUCAAAUUUUAUUGAAGCUAAACCACGAGGAAAAAAGCCACCACCACCAACUGAAGAAACCACAACUGAUUACUAUGAUUAUACCACUAGACCAUCUGAAUCAGCUGAAAACCAAACGACAACAGAAUAUUAUUAUUAUACCACAAGAGAUCUAUCAAACGAAAAUGAAACCACAACUGAAGAUUAUUAUUUGACUACAAGACAAUCAUCAGAAGAAGAUCAAGCAACUACAGAAGAUUAUUAUUAUACAACCAGAGAUCUACCAACUGAAGAUCAAGCUACCACCGAGGAUUAUUACUAUACAACCAGAGAUCUACCAAGUGAAGAUCAAGCCACCACCGAUGAUUAUUACUAUACUACGAAACAAGCUGCGCCAGAAGAAGUGACGGACUCGUAUUAUGAUACAACACCUAGCUGGGAUUAA